CUGCCAUGGGCGAGCAGGCGGCUCAGCCGCGGCGGCCCGGGGUCGGCGUGGGGGUGGUGGUCACCAGCGCCGCGCACCCCAACUGCGUCCUGCUGGGCAAGCGGAAAGGCUCGCUGGGCGCCGGCACCUACCAGCUCCCCGGAGGCCACCUGGAGUUCGGGGAGAGCCUGGCGGAGUGCGCGGCGCGGGAGACGCUGGAGGAGGCGGCGCUGCGGCUGCGCCACGUGCGGUUCGCGUCGGCCGUGAACGCGGUGUGCGCGUCCCAGCGCUACCACUAUGUCACCGUGCUCAUGAAGGGCGAGGCCGAGCCGGGCGCCGAGCCGCGCAACCAGGAGCCCGACAAGAACGAGGGCUGGGAAUGGGUCAAAUGGGAUGAAUUUCCUCCAGCAGAUCAACUGUUCUGGGCCUUACGCUGUCUAAGAGAGCAAGGUUACAAUCCCUUUUCAGAAGAGCUGGAUCAUCUAAAGGGGUACACAGGAAGUCACCAAUUAGAGUAAAAACAAACUGUAUGUUAUGUAAACAUAAAGGAUAUAAAUCUAAAGGGCAGACUCACUUUUUUGGCAUAGAAGAAACAAAGAUAGAAAGUGCUCACCCUGCCCAUGUGAAAAUACUAUCUUUCCCAAAGAAGAACAUGCCAACUGUUUCAGUGCUCUUCCCAUAUUUCUCGCAACAGUUGUGUCUCGUUCCAGACCCAUUUCUUGGUUUAGUAGUUAACAAUUAAUGUUUGCUUUUACAGAAAACUCAGUGUUGUAUCUAGUUAAUCUUUAUAUUGAUGAACAGCCAUUUGGAAGUCGGCACUAACCAGGGAAACUUACUUACUUAAAAGCAGUUGCAACAAAACUUACUCAUUUAAA